UGACAAGCCCUUGGUGGCACGAACCUGGGUAUAGUGGCUUUGUGUGUGGGAAAGUGGGUGCCCACUGAAUGGGGGCAUGUCUAGCCCUUUAAGAGAUCACGGAAGCAGGUCAGAACCCUGUUGCCCAGCAACGGAAUGUCUCAUAUACUGUGUCCAGUACCUAGGAGACAGGAAGGAGUCAUGGCGUCCUAUGGGCACUCUGUGGCCCCAGAGGCCCUCCUGCCCUGCACAGCACCUGCAAGCCUACCCCUGCUCUGCCCCGAUGGGCAGCAAGACGUGCUCCUGACCAGGCAGCAGGCCCCACAGACAGUGCCUGCCAGCGAGCUGCCCCCGAAGGUCCAUGAGGUGGCACACAACACGGGUGCCUACACAUCCUCGGGGCUGGCCACUGCUGGCUUCCGCACAGCCAAGUACCUGGAGAAUGAAUGGUACCAGAACACAUAUGCCCGUUACUACCAGGCCUUCUGCGACCGAGACAAAUCUGAGCGCCAGCGGCAUGAGAGCCGCCAGCUGGCGUCGGAGACAGAAGCGCUGGCACGGCGCACGCAGGAGGACUCCACGCGCAAGGUGGGCGCCCGCCUGCAGGACAUGCACAGCUGGAAGUCAGAGCUCCAGCGGCAGGUGGAUGAGCUGGUGGCCGAGACCCACCUGCUGCUGGCCCAGAAGCGGCGACUGGAGCGGGCGCUGGACAACUCGGCCCUGUCCUUCUCCAUCGCCACUGACAACCUGCAGCACCGCGAGCGCCGCCAGCACCCUGACCUGGUUCGGGACUCCGUGGAGGUGGAACUGCUGAAGGAGGCUGAGCUCAUCCGAAACAUCCAGGAACUCCUGAAGAGGACCAUUGUGCAGGCUGUGAACCAAAUCCGGCUGAACCGGCAGCAGAAGGAGAAAUGCGAGAUCAACUGGUCAGACAAGGCCGAGUCAUACAACAUCGACGACAAGUGCUCGCGAUACCACAACGACAGCGUGGAGGUCCAGUUCCACCCGCACUCGAUGGCCUUUGAGGAGAGUGCCUCCACACCGGAGACUUGGGCGAGGUUCAACCAGGAGAUCCUGCAGCGUGCGGAUCGCGAGCGCCUGGCCACGGUCAAACUACGGGAGCUCAUCGACAACAUCCUGCGGGACACGGCCGAGGACCUGCGGCUGCAGUGCGACGCCGUGAACCUGGCCUUGGAGAAGCGCUGCGAGGAGCUGGAGGAUGCGCGCCACAAGCUGGAAUAUCACCUGCAGAAGACGCUGAGGGAGAUCACGGACCAGGAGCACAACGUGGCCCUGCUGAAGCAGGCCAUCAAGGGCAAGGAGGCGCCGCUGAAGGUGGCCCAGACUCGCCUGUACCAGCGCUCGCAGCGGCCCAACGUGGAGCUGUGCCGGGAUAUCGCCCAGUUCAGGCUGACAAGUGAGGUAGAGGAGCUGAAUGUGUCCUUAGAAGCGCUAAAGGAGAAGCUUCUGGAAGCAGAGCAGUCCCUCCGCAACCUGGAGGACACGCGCAUGGCCCUGGAGAAGGACAUGGUGGUGAAGGCCAACAGCCUGUGCAUCGACCGGCAGCAGUGCCUGGCACACCGGGCCCGGUACCCCACCGUGCUUCAGCUGUCUGGCUACGAGUGAGCCCCGGGUCCCCCAAUAAAAUGCUGUCAUUUUCCA